UCCAACUAGAUUCAGCACGUGCUGCUAUUGAUGAGGAAACAGCUACUAGAAAGAGUAUAAAUACCUGCAGAGUCUGCAUGUCCAACCAUCUGACAGAAGAACUGAGACCAGAGACAAAUCUGACUGAGAAUCCUCUCCAACAUCUGCAACCAUCCAAAGAUGAAGAGCUUCAUUGUUGCUGUUUCUCUGGCUGUUCUCCUCACAUGUGUCUGCUUUCAGGAGAGCUCUGCUGUUCCAGUCACUGAGGUCCAUGAGCUGGAGGGAACACUGACUGAUGACAGUCCACCUGCUGCCGAUCAGAAGAUACCAGUGACCUCAUGGAAGACGCUGUAUGACAUCAGGAACAAGCGUGACGCCAGCGCUGCAGGCUGUCGUUUCUGCUGUGGCUGCUGUGGGAUGAGUGGAUGUGGAGUGUGCUGCCCUUUCUGAGACGUCCUGCUUCAACUGGGAUGAUCCACCAAAUCUUCACCUCAUGCCUUUGCCAAGCAAAUGGAUAAACUAACAAGACAAUAAAAGUCACUCACUCAAAGAUGAA